AUGGCGGACGCGGGGUCCGGUGUGCGGGGUACUUUGCUUCAGUUACAGGAGUCCUUGUCCGCGGCCGACCGCUGCGGAGCGGCGGUGGCCAGUUGUCAGCUGCUGCGGGGCCUGGGGCAGGAGUGCGUGCUGAGCUCCGGCCCUGCGCUGCUGGCAUUACACACUUCCUUAGUUUUUUCCAAAGAUUUUGGUUUGCUUGUAUUUGUUCGGAAAUCACUGAGCGUUGAUGAAUUUCGUGAUUGUAGAGAAGAAGCCCUAAAGUUUUUAUGUGUUUUCUUAGAGAAAAUUGGCCAAAAGAUCACACAUUAUUCUCUCGAUCUUAAGAAUACUUGUACCAGUGUUUAUACAAAAGAUAAAGCUGCUAAAUGUAAAAUUCCAGCCCUAGAACUUCUUAUUAAGUUACUUCAGACUUUGAGAAGUUCAAGCCUCCUGGAUGAAUUUAGAGUUGGAGAGUUAUUUAGCAAGUUCUAUGGAGAACUUGCAUCGAAAACAAAAAUACCAGAUACAGUAUUAGAAAAGAUAUAUGAGCUCCUAGGAGUAUUAGGUGAAGUGCAUCCUAGUGAGAUGGUAAAUAACUCAGAUAAACUCUUCCGGGCUUUUCUGGGUGAACUUAAGACCCAGAUGACAUCAACAGUGAGGGAGCCCAAACUUCCGGUUCUGGCAGGGUGUCUGAAGGGACUGGCUUCGCUUCUGUGUAACUUCACUAAAUCCAUGGAAGAAGACCCCCAGACUUCAAGGGAGAUUUUUGAUUUUGCACUGAAGGCAAUCUGUCCUCAGAUUGAUCUGAAGAGAUAUGCGGUGCCUUUGGCCGGUUUGUCCAUAUUUACCCUGCACGCAUCUCAGUUUAGCACCUGCCUCCUGGACAACUACGUUUCCUUAUUUGAAAUAUUGUCGAAAUGGUGUAGCCACACAAAUAUGGAAUUGAAGAAAGCUGCAUAUUCAGCUCUGGAAUCUUUCCUGAAACAGCUUUCUUUUAUGGUAGCGAACAACGCAGAGACGCACCGGAGUAAGCUGCGGUACUUCAUGGAGCAGUUCUAUGGGAUCAUCAGAAACGUGGACUCAAACAGCAAGGACUUGUCCAUCGCCAUUCGUGGAUAUGGACUGUUUGCAGGGCCUUGCAAGGUUAUAAACGCAGAAGACGUUGGCUUCAUGUUCGUGGAGCUUGUUCAGCGCUGCCGGCAGCUGUUCCUCACCGAGACGGACACGGCUGAGGACCACGUCUACCAGAUGCCCAGUUUCCUCCAGUCUGUUGCCAGUGUCUUGAUUCACCUUGAUACGGUUCCUGAGGUGCACAUGCCGGUUCUGGAGCACCUCGUGGUCGUGCAGAUAGACAGUUUCCCCCAGUACAGUCCAAAAAUGCAGUUGGUGUGUUGCAAAGCCAUAGUGAAAGUUUUCCUGGCCUUGGUAGAAAAAGGACCAGUUCUCUGGAAUUGCAUUAGUACUGUGGUGCAUCAGGGUUUAAUCAGAAUAUGUUCUAAACCAGUGAUCCUUCAAAAGGGUGCUGAGCCUGAGUCUGAAGACUCUUGUGUGUCAGGGGACGUUCAAGCCGGCCAACGGCGGGUGCCCGCCUGCAAAGACUAUUUGGAUCUUUUCAGAAAUCUCCUGAGCUGUGACCAGAUGAUGGAUUCUCUUUUAGCAGAUGAAGCAUUUCUCUCUGUGAAUUCCUCCCUUCCAAGUCUGAAUCGUUUGCUGUAUGAUGAAUUUGUAAAAUCAGUUUUGAAGAUUAUCGAGAAAUUGGAUCUUACACUGGAAAAGCAGCGUGUUGGGGAACGAGAGGAUGAAAAUGAAGCUGCUGGUGUUUGGGUGAUCCCGACUUCAGACCCGGCUGCUAACUUGCAUCCUGCGAAACCUAAAGAUUUUUCAGCUUUCAUCAACCUGGUGGACUUUUGCAGGGAGAUUCUUCCUGAGAAACAUGUAGAAUUUUUUGAGCCAUGGGUACACUCCUUUGCAUAUGAAUUAAUUCUGCAGUCUGCACGGUUGCCAUUCAUUAGUGGUUUCUACAAAUUGCUAUCUGUUGCUGUGAGAAAUGCCAAGAAAGUAAAAUACUUUGAGGGCGUUGGUCCAAAGAGUCAGAAACAGUCUCCUGAGGACCCAGAAAAGUCUUCUUGCUUUGCUUUGUUUGCGAAAUUUGGUAAAGAGGUGUCAGUUAAAAUGAAGCAGUACAAAGAUGAACUCCUGGCCUCCUGUUUGACCUUUGUCCUGUCCCUGCCACAUGACAUCAUCGAACUUGAUGUCAGAGCCUAUGUCCCUGCCUUGCAGAUGGCUUUUAAACUGGGCCUGAGCUAUGCCCCGUUGGCAGAGGUCGGCCUGAAUGCCCUAGAAGAAUGGUCAGUUUACAUCGGCAAACAUGUACUUCAGCCCUAUUAUAAGGACAUUUUACCCAGCCUUGAUGGAUAUCUGAAAACUUCAGCCUUACCAGGUAAGACCAGGAGUAACUGGGAAGUGUCAGCACUCUCUCGGGCCGCCCAGAAAGGAUUUACUAGAGACGUGUUAAAGCAUCUGAAAAGGACAAAGAACAUUUCAUCACAUGAAGCGCUGUCCUUAGAAGAAAUACGGGUUCAGGUCGUGCAAGUGCUUGGCCGUCUUGGGGGACAGAUCAGCAAAAACCUCAUAACAGCAGUGUCCCCCGAGGAGAGGGCCAGGCGCUGUGUGGCCUGGGACAGAGAGAGGAGGCUCGGCUUCGCGGUGCCCUUCCCGGACCUGAAGCCCGUCAUCCACCUGGACCCGUUCCUGCCGCGUGUCACGGAGCUGGCGCUCUCGGCCGCCGACAGACAGACCAAAGUUGCGGCCUGUGAGCUUCUGCACAGCAUCGCCAUGUUUAUGCUGGGAAAAGCCACCCAGAUGCCUGACAGUGGCCUGGGCCCCCCACCCAUGUACCAGCUCUAUAAGCGCACUUUUCCUGUGCUCCUUCGACUGGCGUGUGAUGUGGAUCAGGUGCCGAGGCAACUGUAUGAACCUCUAGUUAUGCAGCUGAUUCACUGGUUUACCAACAAUAAGAAAUUUGAGAGUCAGGACACUAUUGCCUUACUAGAAACAAUACUGGAUGGAAUUGUGGACCCCUUUGACAGUACUUUAAGAGAUUUUUGUGGUCGGUGUAUUCAAGAAUUCCUCAAAUGGUCCAUUAAGCAGACGACACCGCAGCAGCAGGAAAACAGUCCAGUAAACACCAAAUCACUUUUCAAGCGACUGUAUAGCUUUGCACUUCACCCCAAUGCUUUCAAGAGGCUGGGAGCGUCACUUGCUUUUAAUAAUAUCUACAGGGAAUUCAGGGAGGAAGAGUCUCUGGUAGAACAGUUUGUGUUUGAAGCCUUGGUUACAUACGUGGAAAGCCUGGCCUUAGCGCAUGCGGAUGAGAGGUCCUUGGGUACAGUGCAGCAGUGCUGCAACGCUAUCGAUCGCCUGGGGCACAUCAUCGAGAAGAAGCACGUUUCUCUGAACACAGCAAAAAAGCGACGCUGUCCCCGAGGCUUUCCACCUACGGCACCCUUGUGUUUAUCGGACGUGGUCCAGUGGCUUUUCGCCAGUUGUGGGAGGCCCCAGACAGAAUGUCGACACAAAUCCAUAGAACUCUUUUAUAAGUUUGUUCCUUUGUUGCCAGGCAACAGAUCCCCUUCUCUGUGGCUGAGAGACCUGAUCCAGAAGGAAGGCAUUUCCUUCCUCAUAAACGCAUUUGAGGGGGGAGGAGCCAGCGACCCGCCAGCCGGCAUCCUUUCGCAGCCCACCCUCCUCCAGCUGCGUGGGCCGUUCAGCCUGCGAGCCGCGCUGCACUGGAUGGACGCGCUGCUGGCGGCGCUGGAGUGCUACAACACCUUCCUGGGCGCAGGGACCCUUGGUGCCGCCCAGCUCCUGGAUGCUGAAACACAGUCUUCGCUUUGGAAAGCAGUGGCGUUCUUCUUAGAAAGCAUUGCUCUGCAUGAUAUCACGGCGGCAGAAAAGUGCUUUGGUGCCGGGGCCGCAGGUGACAGACCCAGCCCACAGGAGGGAGAAAGAUACAAUUACAGCAAAUGCACGGUGGUGGUCCGGGUCCUGGAGUUCUCCACAACGCUGCUUGGUACCUCCCCCAACAGCUGGAAGCUCCUCGGGAAGGAUUCGUGCAGCGCAGACCUUACGAAGCUCCUGGUGAGAACGCUGUGUGCUCCCUCGAGCGUGGGCUUCAACGCCGGGGACUUCCUGGUGAUGGACCACCUCCCCAGUGUGUGCGUGGGCCUGCUGAAGACCCUGAAGACGUCCCCGCACUGCGCGGCGCUGGAGGCGUGCCUCAGGGAGGAGGUCACGCUGCGCAGCAUCGGGGAGCUCUGUGCUGUUGACCUUUAUGGCCUGGACGCUCACGUUAGUAGGGCCAGGCUGGCGUCUGUCGUGUCGGCUUGUAAGCAGCUUCACAGGGCUGGCUUUCUGCAUGUUAUAGCACCAUCGCAGUCUGCAGGUCAGCAGCAUUCUCUCGGCACAAAGCUGCUCUCCCUGGUUUAUGAAGGCAUCGCACCUGGAGUCGAAGGGCAGUGCUUGCCCUCACUGGACCCCAGCUGCAAGCGGCUCGCCAGUGGACUUCUGGAGUUGGCCUUUGCUUGUGGAGGACUGUGUGAGCACCUGGUGGGUCUUCUUCUGGACACGGCGGUGGUGUCCAUGCCAUCCUCAGGAGGGUCCCAGAGGAACAUCAUCAGCUUCUCUCACGGACAGUAUUUCUACAGCUUGUUCUCAGAAACAAUCAACACUGAACUGUUGAAAAAUCUAGAUGUUGCUGUAUCGGAGCUCAUGAAAUCAUCUGUGGAUAAUCCCAAAAUGGUGAGUGCUGUUCUGAAUGGUCUGUUGGAUCAGAGCUUCCGGGACCGAGCCAGUCAGAAGCACCAAGGCCUGAAACUGGCGGGUACCAUCCUGCAGAGCUGGAGGAGCUGCGGCUCGUGGUGGGCCAGGGACGCCGCCCCGGACAGUAAAAUGGCUACGCUAACCUUACUGGCAAAAAUUCUGCAGAUUGAUUCAUCUGUAUCUUUUAAUGCAAAUCACAGUGCAUUCCCAGAAGUUUUUACAACAUAUGUUAGUCUACUUGCUGAUCCGAAUUUGGGUCUACAUUUAAAGGGCCAGGCUGUGAUUCUGCUCCCUUUCUUCACCAAUCUCACUGGAAGCCAUCUGCAGGAGCUGAAGCUCGUUCUGGGGAAGUUCAUUGUUUCCAAUUUCCCUAUGAAGUCUGAAGAGUUUCCCCCGGGGACUCUGCGGUACAACAACUACGCAGACUGUAUGAAAAAGCUUCUGGAUGCGUUGGAGUUAUCUCAGAGUCCCGUGUUGUUGGAGUUGAUGGCAGAGAUUCUUUGUCGGGAACAACAGCAUGUUAUGGAAGAAUUAUUUCAAUCCACCUUCAGCAAGAUAGCCAGAAAGAGUUCAUGUGCAACACAGUUGGGCCUUCUGGAUAGUGUGUACAGGAUGUUCGUGAGGGAUGACCUACUUCCCAGCGCCAUCCGCCAAGCGACUGUGGACCGAGUUCUCCUCACUCUGUUGUGGCACUGUGACUUGAAUGCUUUGAGAGACUUCUUCGGCAACAUUGUGGUGGACGCCAUUGAUGGGUUGAAGUCCAGAUUUACGAAGCUGAAUGAAUCUUCCUUUGAUACUCAAAUCACCAAGAAGAUGGGCUACUAUAAGAUGCUUGACGUGAUGUACUCUCGUCUUCCGAAAGAUGAUGUUCACUCCAAGGAAUCUAAAAUCAAUCAAGCGUUCCAUGGCUCGCGCAUCGCAGAAGGAAAUGAACUUACAAAGGCUCUUAUUAAGCUGUGCCACGAUGCCUUCACGGAGAACAUGGCGGGGGAGGCCCAGCUGCUGGAACGCAGGCGGCUGUACCACUGUGCCGCCUACAACUGCGCCAUCGCCGCCAUCCGCUGUGUCUUCACCGAGCUCAAGUUUUACCAGGGCUUCCUGUUCAGUGAGAAGCCGGAGAAGAACUUGCUCAUUUUUGAAAAUCUGAUAGACCUGAAGCGCUGCUACACGUUUCCCAUAGAAGUGGAGGUUCCUAUGGAAAGAAAGAAGAGGUACAUUGAAAUUAGGAGAGAAGCCAGGGAAGCAGCAAAUGGGGACUCAGGUGGCCCGUGUUACAUGUCUUCCUUGUCGUAUCUGGCAGACAGUAGCCUGAGUGAGGAAAUGAGUCAGUUUGACUUUUGCACUGGAGUUCAGAGCUACUCGUAUGGCUCCCAGGACCCUCGGCCCACCGCCGGCCGCUUCUGGAGACGGGAGCGUCCAGACGCCGGGGUCCCAGGCGACGUGCUGGAGCUGGAGACGGACGAGCUAAAUCGGCACGAGUGCAUGGCCCCCGUGGCGGCCCUGGUGCGACACAUGCAGAGGCUGCAGGCUGCUCGGCCAGGAGAGUGUUCAGUGCCGAGCACUCUUCCUCCGUGGAUGAAGUUUCUUCACGACAAACUGGGAAAUCCAUCAGUAGCGUUAAAUAUCCGUCUCUUCUUAGCCAAGCUCGUUAUUAAUACAGAGGAAGUCUUCCGGCCUCACGCGAAGCACUGGAUCGGCCCCCUGCUGCAGCUGGUGGUUGCUGAAAACAACGUUGGGGCCGGGAUCCACUACAUGGUGGUUGAGAUCGUGGCCACGGUUCUUUCGUGGACGGGAGUAGCAACUCCCGUGGGGCUUCCCAAAGAUGAAGUGUUAGCAAAUCGACUGCUUCAUUUUUUAAUGAAACACGUUUUUCAUCAAAAAAGAGCUGUGUUUCGACAUAACCUUGAAAUUAUAAAGACGCUUGUUGAGUGCUGGAAGGAUUGUUUAUCCAUCCCUUACAGGUUAAUCUUUGAGAAGUUUUCCAGUAAAGAUCCUAAUUCUAAAGACAAUUCCAUAGGAAUUCAGUUAUUAGGCAUUGUAAUGGCCAAUGACUUGCCUCCAUACGACCCAAAAUGUGGCAUAGAAAGUGUAAAAUACUUCCAACCUUUGGUCAAUAACAUGUCCUUUGUCAAAUAUAAAGAGGUGUAUGCGGCGGCAGCAGAAGUUCUGGGACUUAUUCUUCGAUACGUUUCCGGGAGAGACAAGACGCUGGAAGAGUCUGUGUUUGAACUGGUGGUAAAGCAGUUGAAGUGGCAUCAGCACACGGCGGAGGACAAAUUUAUCGUGUGCUUGAACAGAGCCGCCAAGAACUUCCCUCCUCUUGCCGACAGGUUCAUGAGCUCCGUGCUUCUCCUGCUGCCGCGGGCCCACGGCGUGAUGAAGACGCUCUGCCUGGAGGUGGUGCUGUGUCGUGCAGACGAGAGGGCGGACCUGUACCUGCAGUUAGAGAGCAGGGGUUUCGCGCAGCUCAUGAGGCACAGAGACGACGAGAGACAGAAAGUGUGUUUGGACAUAAUUUACAAGCUGAUGGCGAGAUUGCAGCCCGUGGAGCUCCGGGGACUCCUGAGCCCUGUGGCGGAGUUCCUGUCUCACCCCUCCGCUCUGUGCCGGGAGCGGAUGUACAGCAUCUUCAUGUGGGUUCACGACAACUACCGAGAUCCAGAGAGUCAGGCAGAUGAUGACUCCCAGGAAGUAUUCAAGUUGGCGAAAGACGUGUUGAUCCAAGGAUUGAUCGACGAGAAUCCCGGCCUUCAAUUAAUGAUUAGGAACUUCUGGAGCCACGAAACUAGGUUGCCGUCAAACACCUUGGACCGCUUGCUGGCCCUAAGUUCCUUAUACUCUCCAAAGAUAGAAGUGCGCUUCUUAAGUUUAGCGACAGAUUUUCUGCUUGAAAUGACCAGCAUGAGCCCCGACUUCCGCAGUGCUGUGUUUGAGCACCCUCUGUCGGAGUGUGAGUUUCAGGAGUAUUCUAUUGAUCCCGACUGGCGCUGUCGGAGCACGGUCCUCACUCCGAUGUUCCUGGAGACCCAGGCCUCCCAGGGUGCGCUGCAGCCCCGGACGCAGGAUGGGCCCCCCUCGGCUCGGCGGGCGCUGGCCGGGCAGGUCCGGGCCACCCAGCAGCAGCUCGACUUCACACCCACACAGAGUGCAGGGGGAAGAGGCUCCUCCCACUGGCUGACGGGUGGUAGCAUCGACCCACUGGGGGGCGGCUCGGCCCCCGCCCCCGAGUCCGAGUCCUCGUCCUUGCUGUUUGCCCACAAGAGGCCUGAGGGGUUGCGCGGGGCAGCCCCGAAGUCAGUGGGACCCGACUUCGGGAAGAAAAGGCUGGGCCUCCCAGGGGACGAGGUGGAUAACGAAGCGAAAGGUCCAGACAGUCGGGCAGAAAUAUUGCGAUUACGCAGACGCUUUCUAAAGGACCGAGAAAAACUGAGUUUGAUUUAUGCCAGGAAAGGUGUGGCUGAGCAAAAGCGAGAGAAGGAGAUGAAGAGUGAGUUAAAAACGAAGCACGAGGCCCACGUCGUCCUGUACAGAAGUUACCGUCGUGGAGACCUUCCCGACAUCCAGAUUCCGCACAGCAGCCUGAUCACCCCCUUGCAGGCUGUGGCCCAGAGGGAUCCGCUCAUCGCGAAGCAGCUCUUCAGCAGCCUGUGCUCCGGCAUCCUGAAGGAGAUGGACAAGCACAGGACCGCAUCCGAGAGGCAUGGCGCCACCCAGAAGCUGCUGCAGGACUUCACUCACUUGCUCAGCACCACCUUCCUCUUCUUCCCGCCGUUCGUGUCCUGUAUCCAGGAGGUCAGCUGCCGACAUGCCGACCUGCUGAGCCUGGACCCGGCCGUGGUCGGCAGCGCCGGCCUGGCGGGCCUGCAGCAGCCGGGGGCCAUCCACCUGCUGGAGGAAGCGCUGCUGCACCUGCUGCCCCAGGAGCCGCCCGCCAAGCGCGCUCGGGGCAGGCCCGGCCUCCCCACCGCCGUCGGCACAUGGAUGGAGCUCGCCAGGUUGUACAGGUCGAUUGGAGAGUAUGACACCCUCCGUGGUAUUUUCAGCAGUGAGAUAGGAACAAAGCAGGUCACACAGGACGCGUUAUUAGCAGAAGCGAGAAGUGAUUAUUCUGAAGCUGCGCGGCUGUAUAACGAGGCCCUCAAUAAACAAGAGUGGGCAGACGGUGAGCCCACGGAAGCCGAGAAGGACUUCUGGGAACGUGCGUCCCUCGAGUGUUACAACCAGCUUGCCGAGUGGAAGUCGCUGGCGUACUGCUCCACGGCCAGUGCUGACGGCGAGGGGGCCCCAGACCUCAGCAAGAUGUGGAGUGAACCCUUCUAUCAGGAGACCUGCCUGCCACACAUGAUCCGCAGCAGGCUCAAGUCCCUGCUCCGCGGGGAGGGCGACCAGGCCCUGCUGACCUUCGUGGACGAGGCGGUGACCUCGGAGCUGCGGAGGGCCCUGCUCGAGCUCCGCUACAGCCAGGAGCUGAGUCUCCUCUACCUCCUGCAAGAUGACGUCGACAGGGCCGAGUAUUACAUCAGAAACUGCAUUCAGAUGUUUUUGCAGAAUUAUUCUAGUAUUGAUGUCCUUUUACACAGAAGUAGACUCACCAAAUUGCAGUCUGUGCAGACUUUCAUAGAAAUUCAGGAGUUCAUCAGCUUUAUUAGCAAACAAGGCAAUUUGUCGUCUCACCUUCCCCUUAAGAGGCUUCUGAAAACCUGGACAAGUAGAUAUCCGGACGCUAAAAUGGACCCCAUGAGCGUCUGGGACGACAUCAUCACGAAUCGAUGUUUCUUUCUCAGCAAAAUAGAGGAGAAGCUCACUCUCCUCCCGGACGGUGGUGGUGUGAGUGAGGAUGCGGACGGGCUGGGCGUGCAGGCUCUGGAGGAAGAUGCUCGGUCUCUGAUCGCGAGCUGCAAGUUCUCCAUGAGGCUGCAGAUGGUGGAGAGUGCACGGAAGCAGAAUAAUUUCUCGCUUGCCUUGAAACUGCUGAAGGAGCUGCACAGAGAGUCAAAAACACGGGAGGACUGGCUCGUGAAGUGGGUGCAGAGCUACUGCCGGCUCAGCCACGGCCGUGCCCGGGCCCAGCGCCCGCCCGAGCAGCUCUGCACGGUGCUGAGGACGGUGCCCCUGCUGGCAGGUGAGAACACGUCAAGCUACUUGAGCAGAAACGUUGUGGCUUCCCGUGACCAUAACAUCCUCUUGGGCACAACGUACAGGAUCAUGGCCGAUGCUCUCAGCAGCGAGCCCGCCUGCCUCGCUGGGCUCGAGCAGAGCAAGGCCAGGAGCGUCGCGGAGCUCUCGGGUUCCCGUUCAGAGGAUGCUGAGAAGGUUGCGGCAGGCCUGUACCAGAGAGCGUUCCACCACCUUUCCGAGGCCGUGCAGACGGCAGCACAGGAGGAGGCCGGGCGCUCGGCGCGGGGCCAGGAGCCUGCGUGCGGGCUGGUGGCGGCUUACCUGGCUCUGGCAGAGUUCUGUGACCAGCGGCUCCGCAAGCAGGAGGAGGGCCCCCCCGUCCUGGAUGCUGCAGAACUGCACACAUAUCCAGCCCUCGUGGUGGACAAGAUGCUGAAAGCUCUGAAGUUACACUCCAGCGAGGCCAGGCUGAAGUUCCCCAGACUCCUCCAGAUUGUCGAGCAGUAUCCAGAGGAGACCCUGAGCCUGAUGGCCAGAGAGAUCUCUUCCAUUCCUUGCUGGCAGUUCAUCGGCUGGAUCGGCCACAUGGUGGCCUUGCUGGACAAGGAGGAGGGGGUCGCCGUCCAGCGCACGGUGGCGGACCUCGCCGACCACUACCCGCAGGCCAUCGUGUACCCGUUCACGAUAAGCAGUGAAAGCUAUUCCUUCAGAGACACUUCUGCUGGCCAUAAGAACAAGGACUUCGUGGCCAGGAUUAAAGCGAAGUUAGACCGAGAAGGAGGGGUCCAGGACUUCAUUAACGCCCUGGGGCAGCUCUCCAGCCCUGAGACGCUCUUUAAGGACUGGACGGAGGACGUCAAGCUUGAACUAGAAAAGAACCCCGUAAGUGAGACGAACAUUGAGAGGAUGUAUGAGAGAAUGUACGCGGCCUUGGGAGACCCCCAGGCUCCGGGUCUCGGGAGUUUUCGAAGGAGGUUUAUCCAGGCUUUUGGGAAAGAAUUUGAUAAACACUUUGGGAGAGGAGGCUCGAAGCUCGCUGGCAUGAAGCUCCAGGACUUCUGCACCAUCAGCAGCUCGCUGCUCCGGAGGAUGAGCAGGGGCUGGAAGGCGCCUGGGAGCUUGAAGGAAUGUUCGCCCUGGAUGAGCGGCUUCAGGGCGGAAUUCCUGAGGGAUGAGCUAGAGGUUCCUGGUCAGUACGACGGCAGAGGGAAGCCGGUGCCCGAGUACCACGCCCGCAUCGCCGGCUUCGACGAGCGGGUGAAAGUGAUGGCCUCGCUCAGGAGGCCGACGCGCAUCGUGAUCCGCGGGCACGACGAGCGGGAGUUCCCCUUCCUGGUGAAGGGUGGGGAGGACCUGCGGCAGGACCAGCGCAUUCUCCAGCUGCUGCAGGUCAUGAACGGGCUGCUUGCCCGCGACGCUGCCUGCGGCCAGAGGGGCCUGCAGGUGACCACCUACCGCGUGGUGCCCAUGACCUCCAGGUUGGGGCUAAUUGAAUGGAUCGAAAGCACCUGCACCUUGAAGGAACUCCUUCUGAGCAGCAUGUCCCGGGAGGAGAAGGCGGCCUACACCAGUGACCCCUGGGCACCGGCGUCGGAGUAUAGAGACUGGCUGAGGAGGAUGUCGGGAAGGUGUGACCCUGGGGCCUACGCACUCAUGUUCAAGGGAGCUAGUCGCACUGAGACAGUCACAUCUUUCAGAAAAAGAGAAAGUAAGGUGCCGGCCGAUCUCUUAAAGCGGGCCUUCCUGAAGAUGAGCACCGGCCCUGAGGCCUUCCUGGCUCUCCGCAACCACUUUGCCGGCUCCCACGCGCUCCUCUGCAUCAGCCACUGGGUCUUGGGUAUCGGAGACAGGCAUCUGAAUAACUUCAUGGUGAGCUUGGAGACGGGCGGCGUGAUCGGGAUCGACUUUGGACACGCUUUCGGAUCAGCCACCCAGUUUCUGCCGGUUCCUGAGCUGAUGCCUUUCCGUCUGACUCGCCAGUUUAUCACCCUGAUGCUGCCACUGAAAGAAACGGGGCUCGUGGGCAGCACCAUGGUGUGUGCGCUGAGGGCUUUCCGCUCGCGCCCAGACCUGCUCACCACCGCCAUGGACGUGUUUGUGAAGGAGCCGUCCUUUGACUGGAAGAAUUUUGAACAGAAAAUGCUAAGAAAAGGAGGAUCAUGGAUUCAAGAAAUAAAUGUAACUGAAAAAAACUGGUACCCCCGGCAGAAGAUACAUCACGCUAAGAGAAAGUUAGCAGGUGCCAAUCCAGCAGUUAUUACCUGUGAUGAGUUACUUCUGGGCCAUGAGAAGGUGCCUGCCUUUGAGCAAUACAUCGCUGUAGCACAAGGAAGCAGAGAUCACAACAUUCGUGCCCAGGAGCCAGGCAGUGGACUUUCAGAAGAGGCCCAGGUGAAGUGCUUGAUUGACCAGGCAACAGACCCCAACAUCCUCGGCAGAACUUGGGAAGGGUGGGAGCCCUGGAUGUGAGGCCGCGGGGAGUCGGCAGAGAAAGGGCAUGCGUGUGGAGAGCGUGUCCUAAACUUUGAUCCAAGCAAUCAGUGGGCUGGCUCAUCACCCCAAAGCACCAGAGUUGUAUCGCGAGUUUCAUCAAGGUCGCGAUGAAGAAGUGAAUGCUCGCGUGGGUGAAUGACUAGGCCGUAAUCAAAGAUUAGGUCAGGGUUAAAAUGGACGCGGAAGGGCAGACUCGCGCAAGCAUGGAAUCAAGACCGUAGCAGAUCGCGAGUGCUGUGAGCGGACCAAGAGCCGUCGGCGUUCCUCGUGCACGGGACUGUUCUGCGACCGUGCCUCGCGGCGCCGUGGAAGUCACACCCGCAAGACUUCGUCCCGGAGACUUGUGAGAGUCAUAUUAGCAGCACAGGAAUAAGAACAGGUCAGGCUAUGAUGAUGGCUCAUUAUUUUUAGAAGUGAUUGUAUUUGACAUUUUAGGAUAUUUUUGUAGGUUUUUCCCUUUCACAUAUUUCUCUUCUAGUUUUGGCAUUUUAUGAUAGAACUGUUCUCUGGAAGAGAAAGUAUUUAGGAGAGGGAAAAACUUUGGUCUUAGCACUCACUUUUGCUACUCUGAUCACAACGGGAGGGUGGAUG